AUGGAAAGUGGAGGGAACUCCCUUCCAUCAGGGUCAGAUGGUGUGAAGAGAAAGGUUUCAUAUUUCUAUGAUCCAGAGGUUGGAAACUAUUAUUAUGGGCAGGGGCACCCAAUGAAGCCACAUCGGAUUCGAAUGACGCAUGCUCUUUUAGCCCACUAUGGAUUGCUUCAACACAUGCAGGUUCUGAAGCCUACUGCUGCCAAGGAUAGGGACCUCUGCAAGUUCCAUGCCGAUGAUUAUGUGGCCUUUUUGAGAGGCAUCACCCCUGAAACACAGCAAGAUCAAUUGAGACAGUUGAAGAGGUUUAAUGUUGGCGAAGACUGCCCUGUAUUUGAUGGUCUUUACUCUUUCUGCCAGACAUAUGCAGGAGGUUCUGUUGGUGGUGCUCUAAAAUUGAACCAUGGAGUAUGCGAUAUUGCAAUAAAUUGGGCUGGUGGUCUACAUCAUGCAAAGAAGUGUGAGGCUUCUGGGUUUUGCUAUGUUAAUGACAUUGUGCUGGCUAUUUUGGAACUUCUCAAAAUACAUGAGGAUGGACUAUUUGAUGGAUUUCCUCAAAGAGUUGGUGUUGCAACAUACUACUCCAUUUGCACAUAUGGAGGAGAUCAAGAAGUUGCCCGCACAUUGAAUGGAAAAACAAGUUGGCCAAUGAAAUCAGGAUAUUGUCAUUUCAGUAAAAUUCUAUCUUCUCUGACUAUUCUUUGCCCUCUAUUACUCGAUCCCUUACGAAAUCCAUUAUUACAUCGGAAUCCCUGUUCUGAGCUAGGAUUAUUCUCGGGUUACUCUCUCAAUAUCCAAAUUGUCCCAAUUGGUAUCACAGAAACUGGUGGAUUCAUUGACAAUGGCUGGUGCAGCUCAAAUUCCCAUUGUGAAAAUCAAAUUGAGACCCCCAACGAUUUCUCCAUCAACUCCUACUUUGCUCUCAUUUCUAAGGAGAACUCCCAUGGAUUGAUGCUCAACGAUUUGGCAAAGUUUAUAAAUGACCUGCUUGCUGCUCUAAUUCAAGUGAAACACACCGGCAAAAUACAAGAACAUGUGGAUGAUUUCAAGCUUGCCUUAACUUUGGUUGCCCUUCUUCCUGAACACACUUUGAGCAUGUUCUUGGCUGGAUUGAAACGUGAACCAUAG